UUCCUUGUGAUUUCUACACAGCAAGCUCGGGAGUAACUAACUCGCUGUCGUGAAUGCAAUCUUCGAAAUCAGGGUAAUUUACUCACCAGCUGUGUUUUCCUCAAGUUAUCAGGCUUAUCGAGAUAAGGUUUAUCGAAUUUUCUCCGACAAUUGUUUCAUCUCAAUGACUGCACUUGGUUUGUAACUGUGGUCGCAAGAAGACAUUUGGGUGACUGUUAAAAAUGACAGUCAACGAAAUUCAGUCGGAAGAUUGGUCUGAUGUUUUGCUGGAUUUAUUGAAAUUUACUUUUAAUUUUAUAUAUAUCACAAUUAGGGAAUGGGUGCUGAGUGUUUGGCCGAAAGAUCGAAAAGAUAUUAUAGAUGAAGUAGUGCUUAUCACAGGUGGUGGGCACGGUAUGGGCCGUCAAGUGGCCAUUAAUCUAGCUAAAUUAGGUGCUAAAAUAGUUUUAUGGGACAUUAAUGAGAAAAGUGUAAGAAAUGUUUGCGAAGAAAUAACGAAAAUGGGUGGAAAAGCAUAUUGGUACAUUUGUGAUGUAACAUCUGAAAGUGAUGUGAAGAGAACAGCAGAAGCUGUUGAAAAUGAUGUUGGAGCUGUUACGAUUUUAAUAAACAAUGCUGGAAUUAUGCAAAAUCGACCAAUGAUGGAGCUGGACUCAGUAAGGAUAAAGCAAACCAUGGAGAUCAAUGUCUUAUCUCAUUUUUGGACGAUACGAACUUUUUUGCCGAGCAUGGAGAAAAAUAACAGAGGCCAUAUUGUUGCUAUUGCAUCAGGGGCUGGUUUAGUGGGGCACAUCAACCAAGUUGAUUAUUCAGCUUCGAAGCAUGCUGUAGUUGGUUUGAUGGAAGCGCUCAUGGCAGAAUUACGGCAGAAAAACAGCAAUAUCAAAAUGACGACAGUUUGCCCUUUGACUGUCGCGACUGGAAUGAAUCAAUACCCAACAACAAAGUGUAGUUGGUUGAUGCCUAUUAUAACCACGGAAGAUGCAGCAAAUCAAAUUGUGGAUGCUAUAAGAAGAGAAGAAUUUCUUGUGACUAUACCACGUUCCUUAUUAACAGGAAUCAAAUUGAUAAGAGUCUUACCUCGGGCUGUCCUCUGCUACGUGAUGGAUUUCUCAGAAUACUGUAAAGUGCCCAACACGGAUACAUCCACAUUACCUCCAAUGAACAAUGGACAAUUCACAUAACAAUAUUACGUUUAUUAAUGAGACGUCUAUGAGUGUUAAUAGUGCUACAUAAAUAAAUAUUUGAAGUAUAAAGAGCUACUAAAGUUGUGAAUUUAGCACUAAAACUUCAAAUGUACAAUAAAAAUGGUGUUGCCCAAA